GCGCGCCCUCCUGUCAGUGACAGCUCGCGCGAGCUCUGCGUUUCCACGGUAACGAGCGCCGCCCGGCUCCUGUCAGGCUAAGUGUGAUGGAGGCCUCGGGAAUCGGGUCAGCGGUGAACGGGGGCCCAAAGCUGCCGCCGCCGCCUGAAGAUGAGCCUCCGCCUGGCAGGGACAGGCUGGCGGGGAUACAGAAGGGCAGCAGCGUCUGCUCGCGCUCGUACUUCGUGGUGGUGAUGGUGUUCGUGCACGUCUACAUCCUCAAUGUCAUCGCUCUGCUGUUCUAUGUCUACUACACCAACGGCAACAACCACGGGGUCGAGGGGCCCACCCCGGGCCCUCCAGCACCAACGACCGGGACACCAGCCCCCCAGCACAAGGCUAGGCUGAGGCAUGAGCAGGACAACUCACCGUACACCUACCUGCCCAGGCUGGAGGGUAUCAAGGUUGGACACACGCAGAAAGUGGAGCUGGUUCUAAACAAGGUCCACGACGUCAAAACCUUGAGUCUAAAGCCGCUGCUGUUUGAAAUCCCACAUUUUCUGACCGAGGAAGAGUGCAAACUGCUCAUUCACCUGGCACAGUUAAAGGGACUGCAGGCAAGUCAGAUUUUGCCUGUAGAUGGAUAUAAAGAAGCCAUGGAGAACCUGGAGAUAAGCAAGGCCGAUAUCUUUAAUCUUCUGGACCACAACCAGGAUGGACAACUUCAGAUAAAGGAAGUAUUGACCCACUCCCGACUCGGAAACGGCAGAUGGAUGACCCCUGAGAAUAUUCGGGAAAUGUACACCGCGGUUAAGGCCGACCCAGAUGGCAAUGGAGUCCUGAGCUUGGAGGAAUUCAAGAAAUUAAAUCUCGGGGACUUCCAUAAAUACUUGGGGAACCAGAGGAUCACCAUGAGCGACUUGGUCCGGAAUAGUCAGCACACCUGGCUGUACCAGGGAGAAGGAGCUCACCACGUGUUACGAUCCAUUCGUCAGAGAGUCAUCAAAUUAACGCAACUCCCUCCAGAAGUGGUGGAGAACAGCGAGCCCUUGCAGGUGGUGAGGUAUGACGCAGGCGGCCACUACCACGCUCAUAUGGAUAGCGGGCCGGUGUUCCCAGAGACAGCAUGCGCGCACACCAAGCUCACUACCAAUGAAUCUGCACCCUUCGAGACCUCAUGUCGGUAUGUGACGGUUUUGUUUUACCUGAAUAAUGUCACCGGGGGAGGUGAAACGACAUUCCCGAUAGCUGACAACAGAACGUACGAGGAAAUGUCCUUAAUCCAAAAUGAUGUUGACCUGAGAGACACACGGAAGCAUUGUGAUAAAGGAAACCUUAGAAUAAAGCCACGGCAGGGUACAGCAGUCUUCUGGUACAAUUACUUGUCAAAUGGCAAAGGCUGGGUGGGAGACCUGGAUGAGUUUGCCCUCCACGGAGGCUGCCUGGUGACAGAAGGAACCAAAUGGAUUGCCAACAACUGGAUUAACGUGGACCCCAACAAGGAGCGUCAGCUCUGGUUCCAACAGGAGAUGGCACGAUACGCCAAAGAUGAAAACGAGAGUCAGAAGGAUUGGACAGCCGAUACAUCGUACAAGGAUGUGCACGUGGAUUUGUAAUCGGAAGACCAGCCUUGCACCAGCCUUGGGCAGAGGGUACAUUCUUGGGUCCUGAGCACAACAAUACCUUACCCAGCUAUCUUAAUGCACCCUUUCUCAGUUUUCUUGCAGGCGUGUGAGUUGGGGCAACUUGGAAGAGCUGAAUGAAUCAGUCUUCCUGAAGCCUCUGUUUAAUCGCACACGGUGAUAGAGUGCACCAACAGGCAAACCGUGGAGGACUUGGGAGAACACGAUUUGUGUUGGUCUGGUACUGAGAAGGUUUAAGAAACAACAGAAGGAGGUAGUAAAGA